AUGAGUCUUGAUAUUGACAAUCUCAUUGAUCGUCUUCUAUCAGUUGGUUUAAGCGGUGGUGUCGCACUUACCAAAUGUGUUUCUGAACAAGAAAUUGUAACAUUACUUGGAAUUGCUCGACAAGUUUUUCUUUCUCAGCCACCUUUAAUCGAAAUUGAACCACCUGUUAAAGUAUGUGGAGAUUUGCAUGGACAAUAUGCCGAUCUACUUCGUUUGUAUAAUCGUUGUGGUUUUCCACCGGAUGCUAAUUAUGUCUUUCUCGGUGAUUAUGUCGACAGAGGUAAACAAAGCUUAGAAACAAUCUGUCUGCAAUUUUGUUAUAAAACGAAAUAUCCGGAAAAUUUUUUCCUGUUACGUGGGAAUCAUGAAUGUGCAGCAAUUAAUCGUGCUUAUGGCUUUUAUGAUGAAUGCAAUCGGCGUUAUAGUUUACGCUUAUGGCAAACGUUUCAGGAUGUAUUCAAUUGCUUACCAUUUUGUAGCUUAAUAGCAGGGAAAAUAUUUUGCAUGCAUGGUGGUUUAUCACCAAAAUUAAGCAGUUGGGAUCAGCUAUUGCAUAUUGAAAGGCCUAUCGAUCCACCGAAUCCUUCAAUUCAUAUUGAUUUACUUUGGGCAGAUCCAGAUAAAUGGGUACGUGGUUGGCAACAAAAUACGCGUGGCGUAUCAUACGUUUUUGGUGCUGAUGUAGUGAAUACAUUUUGUCAAGAUAUGAAUAUUGAUCUUGUUGCAAGAGCACAUCAAGUGGUUCAAGAUGGGUACGAAUUUUUUGCGAAUCGUAAAUUGGUUACAAUUUUUUCCGCACCGCAUUAUUGCGGUGAAUUUGAUAAUGCUGCAGCAAUAAUGACUGUCGAUGAUCAAUUACUCUGUUCAUUUGAUGUACUUCGCUCAACAAAUAAUCCAAUUCGUAUUUCACAAUCUUAA